AUGGCCAGUCCAACAUCGACGAGUACAACUUUAAUCCACGUCAAGAAGGAGUCGGCCGUUCUCGACUCACACGGCCUGCCACCUCGAGAGCCGCGAGAUGAAAGCGGCAAAGAAAGACAAAAGAACUUCAGGGAGCUGUCGACAGAACAGAAACUUCUCGCCAUAGUCCGAUACAGCGUGAAGCCCUUUUCUGACCGACUCGACCCUUUCGCUGCGUUGCCCGUGAACCUGGAUCGCCUGCAAGAACACCUGAUCAGUUUCUAUCUGCUUUACUAUCCCAAAGCAACCUAUGGCUUCAGUCCACGGCUUCGGCCACACCCAGUUGCGAGCAAUUUCUCCAUCGCAUUGACAACGCCAGCGUGCUUUCAAGUCAUCUUGGCUCGUUCGGCACUGUAUCGCAUUGGGUUGAACAAAUAUGCUUCAGACAGCGAAAAGGACCAGUUGAACAUGGCAGUGAUGAGGCACAAAGGCGAAGCACUGAAGAUGUUACGGGUCCUGAGUGCAAAGGCUGCGCCCAAUCGAAAAGACGACUUGCUUGCUUCGAUCAUCAGCCUGGGCACGUUCGACAGACGAAAUGGCGCCAAAGAUGCGGCAGGGAUGCAUUACUCUGCGGUGAGACGCAUCCUCAAAUCCACCGGCGGACCUCUUGCUGUUAAUUCGGUUCUCCUGUCUCGAGUCAUGUGUUUCUUCGAGUGCAUUUAUGGGACAAGCCCGGAAAGCUAUAUCUGGGACGAGUCGGGCCUGGACAGGCUGGUCAACGGCUUGAACGGGUUCCUGGGGGACAUAUGGGAGCUCUGGAAGUCGCUGUCGACGAUAAGUGGCCUCACAGCACAAACGACCAAAGCACCAGGACCACCACGCAUACAUUCAUUCGGACUGCAGCCAGACUCGAGUCUUCUCGCGCUCGUCGAGCGCCAGCCGCCUUCAGAUGCCGAACUCACUCAACAACGUCGGUUGGAAAUGAUAUUCCAAGUGACGUGUCUCCUUACAUUCGGCAUGAUUACCUUGGACAAGGCCGGUGACUUUCGGAGCUUGCAGCAGUACAUGGAUGGCAUUCACAAGCAGGUGGAGGACCUGCAUCUGAUGGGCCAAAGUUGCAACAACAUCAUGUGGCAAAUCCAGGUCAACGAUCACAGUGCCGAUCAUAGCAGGAGGAUAUGGAGAGCGGCGUCAUAUGCUUGGGUGUUGAAACAUGUCUCGUACGAUGUGCAGCUGAAGGUGAAGGAAUGGCUGUUGGCGUUCUUCCAGGGUGAGCCGGUGGCCGAGAAGCCAUUUCGUCUUGAUCCCUUCCAUUUCAGUUACGCCAGCUGA